AUGUCCACCGUUACGGCUGACGAUGAGUUGAAAAAGAAAAAGAAACAUAAGAAGCGCUCGCGGUGGCACUUUUUUCACCGGCAUCACAAACGCAACACUUCCGAUACGCAGAUACCUCAGCCCAAGGAAUUGACCGAUGAACAGGCCCACAAAAUUACAACCCUAGCCGAUUAUGCGGAACGAAACUUUUCGGUUACCAUCGAGAGUUGCUUGUUUCAAAGCUUGUUGGAAAGCAACGACUGGAAUUUGAAAAAAAGCAUUGUUGAUCUGGAAGAUUACGAAGACGCUGCUCACGGAAUUUUACAUGCUCCUCCUGCUCGAGGAACCACCUUGCUGGGAAGCGAGAAUCACAAAGGCACAUCGUGUUACAUUGAUGCCCUUUUGUUUGCAAUGUACAUUAAUCUUACCACCUUUGACCCUCUUUUAACGACUUUGGACUGUUCAAUCGAAGAAACCCCUCGACAGAGUCUGCAGACGCUUUUACGGCUAUUUGUGAAUAAGCUACGGAGAGGCAAUUUGAUUCAGGCCGAUUUUGUUGCUUGGUUACGCAAAGUGCUGGAAGAGGCAUCUUGGCAUGGUCGGGAUCAAUGGGGCAACUGGAGCCAAGAAGAUGCGAGCGAAUUAUUCAUGUUUCUUACCGAACUUUUCGACCUUCCGUAUCUUCCCUUUCAAAUCCGGUUAUUCCAUGGAGCCAAUAGAGACUCGGAUGACGAUCGUGUAAUGACCGACCGAGCAUUGUCGCUGUCAAUUCCUUCAGACACUGAUAUCAAAGAACCGCUUCGACUGGAAGACAUUCUUCUCGAUUAUUUUUACAACAGUAUGGUCACUGGCGUCAAACGCCAAGUGGAUUACCAUGCAUUCAGCAGCUCGUCCACCCCCUCGUCUCCUAUCAGUAUAAAGAGCAGCAACAGCAUACCCAAAAAGAUGGCCGUGAUCGAACAUCAGGAAGAAGUCGCGGUCACUGCAUGGCAAGUCCUCGAACUGUUACCCUUUUACACGGCCGUGAAUGAACAAGGCGAAGCCAUUGGGCAGUCUGAGGGGUCGUUCCCCGAUUCACAUAUGAUUCUCCCUAUCGUCCUGAAACGAUACAAUUAUGACCAUAACGGUGGCUCUGUGAAAAUCAAGACCCAGGUCGACAUUCCAUCUUAUAUCCACUUUAACCGGUUCGUCAAUCAAAAUGCCGAUUUACUCGUAUGUCCCACCUGUGGACACACAUUGGAGGGGGUCAUGCAUUUACGGAGCGCCGUAUGCCACAAGGGCGAAUCACCCCACUCUGGCCACUAUAUCGCCUUUUCCCGUGUGAAUACGGAAGAUGAUGCUUCAUGGCUUAAACUAGAUGACAUGGAUCAACAGCGUGUUCAGCUAAUCGAAGGGAAAAAGGUGGAAACCGUAUUUUCCGAGCUUGCAAAGGAUGCUUACAUUCUGUUCUAUGAGUUGGACAAGUCAUGUAAUCAUGAACCGAUUAUCAACAACCCGAUGCCGUCCGAGUCAGAAAAGGACUCGAGUACACUUUUCACGACUGAAAUUCUGACGUCGAUCGAUAAAGAAAGCAAAGAUUCCAGUGCAUCCUCAUCAAGGCAUCAUCACCACUGGCGAAAACGUCCUGGGUAUACUCACGGUCACAGUCAUCAUUCCUCGUGUAGUGUCAUGUAA